AGAAGCAGAGAGCCCGAAAAGCCCGGACAGACAACAAGCAGACAGACAACAAGCAGACAGACAACAAGCAGACAGACAACAAGCAGACAGCAAGCCGCUCCGUUAUUAGUCACAUCUCGUCGGCUGUGCGUCCAUAUCUUUGUUUUCAUGGGUUAACAGACAGAAAAACACGAAUAUUAACUGAGACAAUCCAGGCUGGAGAUGGAGUGACGCGUUUUCCUCCGUGUGGACUUUUUAACUUCGUCUUGUGAUCCUUCGCCGGUCGCAUCAGCUGCUUGUUUGGCACAUUUGAUCCCCUCUGAUGUCCACCUGUUACCGUCGGUUUGUGACCUGCAGACAGCCUCACCACGGAUCGCCAGACAGACCAACAAGCUACUACUGAGAUGGCCCGUGCAGAGACCAUCGAGAAUGUUGGGGAAACUGGAGGUGGAGCAAAUGGACCUCUCUCUCGCCACAACACCUGCCGCAUGGAGCUGCCUCGCCCUUUCCCCAACUGGCCUGGUCUUCUCACCACAACCACCAUCACCACCGGCUCUGGAGCUGGCACCGGUGCCAUGCACCUCCAUCAUAAUCACCACCAUCUGCACCCUUUCCAGGCUAUCUAUAUGUCGUACCCGCUGCCUUACCCCCAGUCAGAGAGCCAUGAUGAGGCCCAGACUCACCAGCAGUUACCUGCGUUAUCGCCAUCAUCAACACCUCCUCCUUCACCGCUUUGUAAUCAGAGGGAAGAGAGGGAUGGAAGCUUCUCAGGAGAGCAGUCAGGCUCAGACAGAGAAGAGCACCAGGAGGCCUGCAGCCGACAGGGCCCUCUGCCUGAUCUGCUGCCCCAGAACGAACACCCAUCCUGGGUUUCGACACAUCACAGAGCCCCCAGAGAAGAGGCAGUACAGGAGAUGGAGGUCAGGAGAGUGGCCAAUCAGCUGAGAGCCAUUGGAGAUGAAUUCAAUGCCACAGUUCUCCGGAGAGCGCACGUCGCCCCCCACUGGCAGGACUGGAGAGACGCCUGCCGAGGACUCCUCAAUUUCAUCACCCAGACUCUCAGCACUCUUUACAGGCUUACAUAGACUCACCUGCAAACAUCAGUUGCCAUGGCAACUUUUUUACAUUCAGGACAUUCAGGCGAUCGGACUGUGGCGAGUGAGUGGAACAACAUGCUGUUGUCCAUUUGAACCCGAAGGAUUAACGUGGCCUGAAAUCAAAUGUUUGCUUGAACAAAUAUUUUUGGAGGAUGCGACCAGCAGCUGGAGGUGUCUGUGCCACCUGUGGGCUGGAUCAGGGUGCUACCUGUGGAAACUGGGCCCUGCCUGUCUGUCUGCCCGACGGUCUGUCCAUCAGUCAGUCUGCUGGUACAGACUGCAGCUGACGGACUGACGGUCAUCUUCCUACUUGUAUAUUUUGUAAAAUCCACUUUCUGUCUUUGUCAACAUCUCGGGGGCUCUUUAUGUAGCAAGCGUGACUCAAGUGAGUCAGUGUGUGUAUGUGUGUGUGUGCAUGGCAGACCUGGGUCAAAGGAUGUCAUCACAAAAACAUUUUCAUGUUUUGUUUUGGAAAAUAUGGAUAUUUAGAAACUGGCGUUUCAAUACCAAGAGUCAGUCUUAAUAUAUCUAAUCAAAUUUUCUGGUAAUUGUAUCUCUACACUCUUCUGACACCCUCUGAGUUGGAGAGUAAGAACAGACAUGAUUUGACCCUCGUCUGAUGUGUGCAUAUUACUGUUGUGUCUUUAUUUUGCAUCUUAUACCCCCAUUCUUUAAAAACUGUGAAACUGUACGCUGUGUUUGCAUCGCAGGGAAAAGUCGGGUGUUAUUCCACUAUGGAGCGAAGCACAGAGUCAGCCUCUCUCCCAAUCUGCUUCAUUUCAUGUUACGAUGUGCCUUUCUGCUCAGCGCUCAGUUGAGGCCUAAUCUUUAACAUCAGGACAAUCUACUACACACACACUUUCAGAGAAACACACACUGUUGUUUGUAGCCACUAAACUCAAGUGGCAUUCGCAUUACAUUCAAAUGAUCCAGCGUCAGCAUGGCUCAAGGUCAAUUAAGGACAGAAAUAACUUAAUCCACGCCAAGCAUACACACACACAUUUUGCCACUGUACAUUCCUCCACACCGUUCAUGCAGCCAGUGUUGGGAGCUGGCAGGGUGUAACCCGCCUGUGUCGACAGUGUUUAUAGUUACUUGAUCAUUUGUAAAUAUUCUUUUGGAAGAUGAAUCUAACUAAUACGAAAUUUUUGAUGGACUUAAAAAGUACUUAUGGAAGCGAGCGUUCACUGUGUUUGGGAGAUCGUUUUGUAUUCUGAGCGGAGUCUGAAUUUAAAUCCAGUGGAUUUGAGUUAAAGGAAAAUAUAUGAUUUGGAUCUUUUGAUUAUAAAGUAUUUGUUGAUGUCUAUAAAAUGAUCCCUUUGGCUGUGCGAUUCUUUUCAUUGUAGUUUGGGAGAAAAUGUUGCUCAUGUUAAGAGCAUAAUUUAUUUUGAAAUGUAGCCCUUCUGUAGCUUGUUUUUUUGGUUUUCAUUUUUUAUGUAUUAUUUAUUUUUUCUUACUUUCCUGAUUAAAACUAUGAAUUACGUUGUACCUAUGUUGUAACUGUUAAAACAAAGAUUGAAUAUGUUGGUAUACACACUAAAAGUGGAUACAUCACUUACAAGUAUCAAACAAAUUAUUGGUUUGUGUUGACAAUGGCUCGACCAUUUGAAACGGUACAAUAUUUUAAAAUAAUGGUUUUAUUCUCAUCAACAGCUUGACUGAUAUUAUUCUCUGACACAGCUUUAAAAACAGAAUGACGUGGCCGUUGUUGAGAAUGGGAAAUGAGAUGUGUGUGUGUGUUACAGAACGGCACAAAUCUCUCCAGAAACUGCAAGUGGUGUUUUGACUUUCAGUGUGUACAUGAGAUGAACUGGAAAAGUACCAAAUUUCUCCCUUUAUAGACUUCAAAGCAUAAAGAAGACAGAACCAGGCCUCACAGACUGAGCAACACUCAAAGUGUUUGUGUAACGGCUCAAACUGGCUGACCUGAAAACCAGCUCGGUCUUACAGUGUAACUCCAGAACUGUGUGGGUUUGUGUGACUCUGGACAGUGCUAGUGCUACAUGUGGUGCUACGCAUGCUAAAAAUCUACAUUUCUGUACUGUAACGUACUUAAAGCGGAUUAAAGCGCCCCCUUAGUCGAGUAUUUCAGCUUUUAUUUCAGGAACCAUGUGACUGAAUCGUGUUGACCUGGUUUUAUUUUGCCACACAUCACCACUCUAACUUGGCCUGAGCUACUGUUGUAUGUUUUUAGCGUAAGGCCUUUUUUUGAAAGCCUUGAUGUAUAAAGUCAUAAUGACCCCGGAGCCUGCAGAUGUUCAGCUAACAGCGCGGAGCAAAGAACAAACUGUGCUGGCAGACGCUCGUGUAUUUGUGUUUUUAGCUAGCAGUGCUUUAGCUGACAGGUGAACAGGAAGCUCACCUGUUCACCUGUCAGCGCUCAUGUCAUCAUACAGCGUGCAGGUGAUCGCCAACCCGGCGCUCUGAGCGUGUGCAGUUGCUCACUUCCUGUUUGUUUUUCUUGUGUGGGUGCACUUCCUGGUUGAGAGUGUCAUCACGCAGUGUGUAUUUGCUGUUUUUCAACUUUUUUCUAUGUAAACUUUCUACAUGGAUUUUGUACUUUUUUCUUUUUUAUACAAUAAAGAUAAGGAGAACUAUA